AUGGAUAUCGUCUUUCACAACGGCACAAAUGGCGGACAUCCUUGGGUCGAAUUCUAUCCAUACACGCCCUCCGCGUCGGCUGGAUAUGCAUUCCUAGCAAUCUUUGGCAUUGUGACGGUGAUGCAUUUUGUUCUGAUGUUUCCAUAUCGCGCGGCAUACUUUUUGCCUCUGGUGAUAGGGGGGAUAUGUACGUCCACCUACGUCGGAUCUGCCAUGUACCGGUUCCGAACCAGACUCGAGCAUUGUAUACCCGUUCCAUAUCCAUUGUCGCGCCUGCUAACCGGAAUAAAAACAGGCGAAUCAUUCGGCUACUACGGCCGCGCAUGGUCCCAUCAUGACCGCACGGAUAUCAGAUCCUGGGCUCUCCAAGAAAUGCUCAUCCUCUGCGCACCCCCGCUCAUUGCCGCAACAAUCUACAUUGUCCUCGGCCGGAUCAUCCGCGCCUUUGACGCCGAACAUCUCUCCAGCAUGCGUCCCAAACGUAUGACCCUCGUCUUCGUCCUCAACGACGUCAUCUGUUUCUGCACCCAGCUCGGCGGUGCCGGUGUCCAGGUCACGGGGGACGCCAACAUCAUGAACAUCGGAAAGAAAGUCGUGCUGGCCGGUCUGAUCUUCUCCCUGCUCGUAUUCAUCAUCUUCGUGGCUGUUGCCGUGAGCUUUCACCGGCGGCUGCAGCGUCAGCCCACGGCUGUUUUGGGCGCGAAUCCGGAUUUAUCGUGGAAGAGAUACAUGUGGUCGUUGUAUGUUGCUUGUGCGGCGUUGGCGAUCCGGAACUUGGUGCGGACGAUCCAGUUUGGCGCGAAUCGCACGGCGGAUAUCAAUACCAAGGAGGUGUAUAUCUAUGUGUUUGAUGCGUUUUUGAUGGCCUUGUCGAUGGGGGUUAUGGUUGUUUAUCAUCCGGGGCUUUUGGUGAAGAAGGCGAGGCGAGCAGUGAAAGUGGCCCAGUUGGGUCGGCCGUCGACUUCGGAGCCGAACAGAAAUUCGGGCAGUGUACCUUUGAUACCACUGGGCGGACGGUGA